CUGAGCUUCAGCAGAGCUAACCACUUCCCAUUAGUUGUGGGAGACAAUGACCAUUGGCCUGAUCUGCUGGAGGACAACAGGCACCUGUCAGGCAUGCGAAUAAGGAAUACCAUGAUGACUAAAGCUCAUCUUUACUCACUGUGUCUUCUUAUACUUUAUUUGACAGGUGGAUAUGGCCAAGAAGUCAAGUUCAGUGGACCCCUGAAAGCCAUGACAUUUUCUAUUUAUGAAGGUCAAGAGCCAAAUCAAAUCAUAUUCCAGUUUAAGGCCGAUCCCCCUGCUGUGACAUUUGGGCUAUCUGGUGAGACGGAUGACAUAUUUAAGAUACAACCAGAUGGACUUCUGUAUUGUGUACGAGCCCUGGACAGGGAAAUGAGAGCCGUCCACCAUCUUCAGGUUGUAGCCCUGGACAGUCAUGGAACUGUAGUGGAGGGCCCAGUCCCCAUCACUAUAGAAGUGAAGGACAUCAACGACAAUCGACCCAUGUUUCUCCAGUCCAAGUAUGAAGGCUCAGUGAGGGAGAACUCCCGCCCAGGAAAGCCCUUCAUGUAUGUCAAUGCCACAGACCUGGAUGAUCCUGCCACUUCCAAUGGCCAGCUUUUCUAUCAGAUUGCCAUUCAGCUUCCCAAGGUUAAUGAUGUCAUGUACUUUCAGAUCAACAACAAAACAGGGGCAAUAUCGCUUACCCUGCAGGGGUCUCAGCAAUUGGAUCCCACUAAGAAUCCAUCCUACAAUCUGGUGGUGUCUGUGAAGGACAUGGGAGGCCAGAGUGAUAAUUCUUUUAGUGAUACCACAUCUGUGGAUAUUCUGAUAAUGGAGAACAUCUGGAAAGCACCAGAGCCUGUGACUGUUAUAGAAAACUCAACGGAUCCUCACCCUUUCAAAAUCACUCAGGUGCAGUGGAAUGAUCCAGGCGCACAGUAUGUUCUAGUUGAAAAAGAAAAGCUGCCAAGGUUUCCAUUUUCAAUUGACCAGGAAGGAAACAUUUAUGUGACUCAGCCCCUGGACCAAGAAGAAAAGGAGGCAUAUGUUUUUUAUGCAGUUGCAAAAGACGAUGAUGGAAAACCGCUUGCCUUUCCAUUGGAAGUACAUGUGACUGUUGAAGACAUCAAUGAUAAUCCACCCACAUGUCCAUCUGCAGUGACAGUAUUUGAGGUCCAAGAGAAUGAAAAAUUGGGCAGCAAUAUUGGGACCUUUACUGCCCAUGACUUGGAUAAGGAAAACACUCCCAACAGUUUGUUAACAUACCAGAUUGUGGAACAAGUUCCCCAAAUUCCUGUAGAUGGGCUCUUCCUGGUUGAAAAAUUUGAGGGGAAGUUCCAGUUAGGAAAACAGUCCUUGAAGAAACAAGAUGCUGCUCAGUACAAUGUAACAGUAGAAGUGUCUGACAAAGAUUUCAAGACCCUCUGUCUUGUGCAAAUCAACGUUAUUGAUAUCAAUGAUCAGAUUCCCAUCUUUGAAAAGUCAGAUUAUGGCAACCUGACUCUUGCUGAAGACAAAGGUGUGGGGUCCACCAUCUUAAUCAUCCGAGCCACUGAUGCCGAUGAGCCACUUACUGGGAGUUCUAAAAUCCUCUAUCGGAUUAUAGAGGGUGACAGUGAGGGUCGGCUGGAGGUUGACACGGAUCCCCAAACCAAUGUAGGCUAUGUCAAGAUCAAAAAGCCUCUUGAUUUUGAAACAGCACCCAUUUCCCACAUUGUGUUCCAAGCAGAAAACCCGGAGCCACUGGUGUCUGGUGUAACUUAUAAUGCCAGCUCCCAAGCCGGGUUCUGGCUCAUUGUGACGGAUGUGAAUGAAGCACCUGUGUUUUCCCAGCCUACUUUCCAAGCCACAGUCAGUGAGGAUGCACCUGUAGGCACCAAAGUGGGCAAUGUGACUGCCAAGGAUCCCGAAGGCCUGGAUGUGAGUUAUUCACUGAGUGGUGACAAGAGAGGUUGGCUUAGGAUUGAUUCUACUACUGGUGACAUCUUUACUAAGGCGCUGUUGGACAGGGAAGCUGAGAGUGUGUAUCGAGUACAAGUGGUGGCCACGGAGAGAGGCAGGUCCUCCUUGCGCUCCACGUCAGAUUUCCACCUGAUCCUUCAGGAUGUGAAUGACAACCCACCACGGCUCGCCAAGGAAUAUACAGGCUUGUUCUUUUGCUACCCCCUCACUGCCCCUGGAAGUCAUGUUUUUGAGGCCACUGAUGAUGAUCAGAUGUCAUUCCGGGGUCACCACUUCACAUUUUCCCUUGGCAGUGAAAGCCUGAAAAAGGACUGGGAUGUUUCCAAAAUCAAUGGUUCUCACGCCAGACUCUCCACGAAGCACACAAACUUUGAGGAGAAGGUUUAUGACAUCUCAAUCCGCAUCAAUGAUGGGGGCCGACCACCCAUGGAAGGGACUGUCUCUUUACCAGUUACUUUCUGCUCAUGCGUGGAAGGAAGGUGUUUCCGUCCAGCUGGUAGACAGUCAGGGAUACCCACAUUGGGCACGGCAGUUGCUAUACUCCUAAUCACCUUUCUGGUCAUUGGGAUCAUUUUAGCAGUUGUGUUUAUCCGUAUAAAGAAGAAUAAGAACAAAAAUAAUGUUGAAGAUGCUCAGGCACCUGAAGCCACACCUCUGAGAAGCUGAAUUGGAAAGGAUAUUUAAGCUUAUUUAACCAAGAACUAUUUCAAUAACAUAGCAAUUAGUCUCAUAAUUUUACUUUCCCUCCAGGAGGCACACUAUUUUUUUUACAGAUAUUCCCUCUUACCAUUCAAUAUUUUAUUACUUAAAUAUUUCAUGGACCAUAAACAUUAGGGAUAUUUUCCAUUUCCCUCUUCUGCAAAGCUUUACCUACAUACUCAAAAACAGCAAGGUAUGUACUUUCCUCCUUUGGGGAAAGAUGGGCAGAUUAAAUAUUUUGUACAUAUCCAGAAGACUUAAGCACUAGGACUCAAAAAAUACUGGUAUCAUCGUUUUUACAACAUCGCUAUUUACAAUAGCAAAACAUGGAAUCAACCAAGGUGCUUAUCAUCAGAAGAAAGGUUAAAGAAAACAUGAACACACAAUGGAAUAUUCAAUGGAAUAUUAUACAGACAUAUACAAAACAGAAUUAUUCAGCAAUAAAAAGGAUAGGAUUCUCUGACUAUAUAUUAUUAAUAAUUUUGUGACUAUUUUAAAAUUUAGUUCAUGUGAGUGAAGUUGAACACUUUGAUGGUUGUUUAUAUUCCUUACCAAAUUUCCUGAUGGACUAUGGUGUUGUUUUUUUAUUUGUUGAACUCUUCAUUUGAUAGGACCACUAAGCCUGGACUAUGACAUGAAAUAAAAAUGUUAUCUCAAAAA